AGGGCUCGUUACCCUGCCCCCCCCCCCUUCUGGGGACAGGAGCUCGGGAAAGAUCUCCGAGAGAGCGCCAGGGAAGCCCCCUGCCCUCUGACCUUGCGGGCCAGUGGUAGCCAUGGGUGGAGAAGACGUCGGUCCACUCCCACGCCCCUCCACCGCCACUCCACUCCCACGCCCCUCCACCGCCACUCCACUCCCACGCCCCUCCACCGCCACUCCACUCCCACGCCCCUCCACCGCCACUCCACUCCCACGCCCCUCCACCGCCACUCCACUCCCACGCCCCUCCACCGCCACUCCACUCCCACGCCCCUCCACCGCCACUCCACUCCCACGCCCCUCCACCGCCACUCCACUCCCACGCCCCUCCACCGCCACUCCACUCCCACGCCCCUCCACCGCCACUCCACUCCCACGCCCCUCCACCGCCACUCCACUCCACCGCCCCUCCACCGCCACUCCACUCCCACGCCCCUCCACCGCCACUCCACUCCCACGCCCCUCCACCGCCACUCCACUCCCACGCCCCUCCACCGCCACUCCACUCCCACGCCCCUCCACCGCCACUCCACUCCCACGCCCCUCCACCGCCACUCCACUCCCACGCCCCUCCACCACCACUCCACUCCCACGCCCCUCCACCGCCACUCCACUUCCACGCCCCUCCACCGCCACUCCACUCCCACGCCCCUCCAUUCCACAAGCCUCUCCGGGCGCUGCGUGGACAAGGCUUGA